AUGCAGGAGAACCGUAAGUAUGCCAAGUACAAGGACAUGAACUGCAACGAGAUCUACGAAACAUACGGUAAAUUAUUUGGCGACACUGGAGAUUCGACAAAGUAUGCGUUGUCACUGUCUAAGCUAUCUCAGCGGGGUUUCGACUUGGACACAGAUAGUGAUAGGGAUGAUCGAGUAGACAAGUUUCCCUCAAAUGCAGAAGGAACGGAUUCCAGCGACGGCCCCGUCGAGGUCAGAGGUAGCUCAUCGAUGAACAUCUCCGGGAAUCAUAGUGGGGACAAAAGAAAAUUCAAACACGGUAAGGAGUUCGGGAAGAAAAAAAAAUAUGGUGCCAGAGAGGUUUCAGCUUCGCUGGAGCAAUUGGCGACCGUUGGAAAUGAUCUUGCCUCGACCUGGAGAUCUCAUCAACAGAUGGACAUGUCGCUCGAUGAGUGCAUUAGUGAGCUGCUGUCUUCUGGACAUAUUGGUGAAGGCACGCCGAUCCACAUGUUCGCUCUGUGGUUCCUACGUGUGAAAGAAAAUCGAAACUCGUUCUGUGUUACCAAGACACCAUACCUGCGGUACAAGUUUAUCGAGUAUUGCUUCGAGCGCGACAACGGGAAUAUCAGGCCUAAGGGUUGA